UCCUACCAUUGGCGCUCAUUGACUACGUCACAUACACUUCCGGUUUGGCCGGAAGACAACAGUGGAAUCAGUGAGCUUCUAAGUGAAUGUCAAAAUAGCCUAACGCAACCUCGUAUUAUUGUUUUUGGCGCUUCGAGGGAACAAAGGCGACCACGUCGAUAUGUUUUCCUUCCACGUCUUCGACCACCCGAUGUCUCGUGGCUUCCAGAACCGGUUUUCCACCCAGUACCGAUGCUACUCCGUGUCGAUGCUGGCCGGUCCGAAUGACCGCUCCGACGUGGAGAAAGGAGGCAAAAUCAUAAUGCCGCCUUCAGCGCUCGACCAGCUCAGCAGACUUAAUAUCACCUAUCCGAUGCUGUUCAAGCUGACCAACAAGAACUCGGACCGAAUGACACACUGCGGGGUUCUGGAGUUCGUGGCAGAUGAGGGAAUCUGCUACCUGCCGCACUGGAUGAUGCAGAAUCUGCUCCUGGAGGAAGGCGGUCUGGUCCAGGUUGAGAGCGUCAACCUCAUGGUGGCCACCUACUCCAAGUUCCAGCCGCAGAGUCCUGACUUUUUGGACAUUACGAACCCCAAAGCAGUGCUGGAGAAUGCGUUAAGGAACUUUGCCUGCUUGACAACCGGUGACGUCAUAGCCAUUAACUAUAAUGAAAAGAUUUAUGAACUGCGAGUAAUGGAGACCAAACCAGACAGAGCGGUAUCCAUCAUUGAGUGUGACAUGAAUGUGGAUUUUGAUGCUCCGCUGGGCUACAAAGAGCCCGAACGUCGGUCUCACCAUCAGGAAGAACCGACCGAGGAGGAGGCAGAUCCAAGCACUUACGCCGAUAUGGACACUCGAUUCAGGGCUUUUACCGGCUCUGGCAAUCGCUUGGAUGGCAAAACCAAAGGGAUCGAGCCCAGUCCUGCUCCUCUGGGCCCCAGCGACAUUAUAAGAGGUAUCCCCAACUACGAGUUCAAAAUUGGCCGAAUCACGUUUAUCCGAAACUCAAGGCCACUUCCGAGGAGAAUGGUUGAGGAUGAUGACGCUAUGAACAGAUUCAUCGCCUUCUCCGGAGAAGGACAGUCAUUACGCAAGAAGGGCAGAAAGCCGUGAUGGGUUCCAGAAGGGAAGCGACUUGUUGGCUCACGUGCACAAACACACACCACCACCACCACAACAACAACAACAUGUAUUGUCGCCUACACUUGCAAAGUGAAAUCCUUCUUUCAGGAACGUUGACGUCUCGGAACCUUUGAAAUUGCAGUUGUGCUGUGGAAGUGGGCUUGUACUUGAUUACAACUGGGGCAGUAGCUUUUUUUUUUUUUUUCAACCGAAGCAAAGAUACAUAAAACGCUGCCAGCAGCGAUUUUUGUACUCAGAUAUGUUUUAGUGGUUGCUUUGAAAUCUUUUACAGAAACGUGACCAAGAUUCACUUUUGAAGCACGACUAUUUGGAUUUGGAUUGCCUCUUACUUGAAGGUUACAUUUGCCUGUUUUUGUUUUUUUUGUCAUUAUUGUUGAUUAUUUCCAGUCCACUUCAUACAUACUGCUAUCCCAUAAUGGCCCAUUAUUAUGACAAAUGGGUGCAAUAUUUUUUGAGCUUGUUUUUAUCGAAAAAUGUUUGAAUAUUUCCCGAGUUAUUUUAGGGAUCGACAAUUGUUUGUUUUUUUUCUUUAUUUAUAGAUAAAUAAAUGAUUGUUAAAAGUAUGAUUGCUUUGUUUCUUGUUUAUAAACGAACAAGAAAAAUGUAUUUUUUUUUAGUAUGUUGGAUUGUGUUGUAUUUCCAGCCAAAACGUUUUAAUACACGUUAACUUUAAUUUCGAUUUUGAGUUUGUUUUGUGAAAAUAAUAAUAAUCUUCACUUACUCUGUUGUUUUAAUUUUUCCUUGUUUUGGACGAGCUGUAAGUCACGACAAUACUCUUUCAACAUUUUUUUAAACGUGGUUCAAAUGAUAUAAAGAUGAUUUUAAGCAGGUUAAACUGAUUUGACUGAAUGUAUUCAUACUCGUAACUACAAAACUAUACAGGCCGACGGGAAGCAGCGUAAAAAACGAGGGUAAGUGAAUGCGUCUAUCGUUAGCAGUCAGCAAGCUAGAAAUGGAGCAGUCCGAAGAGAGACAAUGGAGGACACCAAGGGUCUGCAGUGACUACUGGAGUGAAUAUAGACACUGCAAGAGCUUGUGGAAUCGUUUCCAUCACUACUACACUUACGGUACCGCUCCAACUUGUCAGCAGUGGAAAGUGGACUACUACAACUGUAAAGCAUG